GCGGCAUCUAUUUGGUUUGGGUUGUAAUCCAGCUAUUUUGAAGUGGAACGAUUUGUUGAUGGAAUUUAAUGAUUGCUUGUAAUAAUUUCCCUUUGUACUAGGGUAGGAACUUUUAAGGAAUUACACUUUUUAAGAAAAUAGGCAUACAUCUGUUAGAAAGGAAAGGAAUUUAUAUUCAUAAAUAUAUGAAUGCGAGGUCAUCCCUGCCGUAAAUGAAGUAAAUGUUUAAGCAUCUUACCUCGGACACAGCAAUCUGUGUCCACAAAGCAUCGUUACUCUCCUGUGAGGAUCUCCACUGUCAGCCCCAACUUCCCUGACAGGGCCAAGUCCCAGCAUACUUCGUCAUCAGUAUUUGUUUAACAAAAUUUUACUGGGCACCUCCGGUGGGCCUGGCAAACUAGUUGAAGAUAGAGUUGUGCGAAUAGAUCUGCACGAUGAGAAAGAAAAAAAAUCCGUAAUGAUCCAAUACGCGUGACACCGCGCCUCUCUAUCUCCCUGCAUGACCUUUGCUGAGCUGCUCGCCCUGCGUUUUGUCAUUUGUUCAUCAUUCAUUCAUCCGAAAUGCUCGGGACUGGAAGCACAGUGGAAACACUGCCCCAGGUUCUGUGCUCGGCAUUGAGGGUAGAAAGACUUUUCGAAGGUGGCAGGGUGUUUCUUAAGAUCAUGAACCUUAAAAUGAAAGUGUAGGCCGGGCGCGGUGGCUCACGUCUGUAAUCCGAGCACUUUGGGAGGCCAAGGCGGGCAGAUCACGAGGUCAGGAGAUCGAGACCAUCCUGGCUAACACGGUGAAACCCCGUCUCUCCUAAAAAAUACAAAAAAUUAGCCGGGUGUGGUGGCGGGCGCUUGUAGUCCCAGCUACUCCGGAGGCUGAGGCGGGAGAAUGGCGUGAACCCGGGAGGCAGUGCUUGCAGUGAGCCGACAUCGCGCCACUGCACUUCAGCCUGGGCGACAGUGAGACUCCGUCUCAAAAAAAAGAAGAAAGUGCAAAGUGCUUAUAGAAGUGAAGUAAGAACUCUGCUAGAGAGGAAAUGGCUGCUUCAUCAUCAUCCUCCUCAGCUGGUGGGGUCAGUGGAAGUUCUGUCACUGGAUCUGGUUUCAGUGUCUCAGACCUUGCCCCACCACGGAAAGCCCUUUUCACCUACCCCAAAGGAGCUGGAGAGAUGUUAGAAGAUGGCUCUGAGAGAUUCCUCUGCGAAUCUGUUUUUAGCUAUCAAGUGGCAUCCACGCUUAAACAGGUGAAACAUGAUCAGCAAGUUGCUCGGAUGGAAAAACUAGCUGGAUUGGUAGAAGAGCUGGAGGCUGACGAGUGGCGGUUUAAGCCCAUCGAACAGCUGUUGGGAUUCACCCCCUCUUCAGGUUGAUGCUGCCUAGAUGGUCACCUCUGGUGCGCAGCAAGUGCAAAGCCAGUGAGGGACUUUCUCACAGCUUACAUAGCCAUCCAGAGAUCCACAGCUACGUCGCUGAAUUGUUAAUACACAUUUAUACUUGGUUUCGCUGUAUCUAUUCACAGGCAACAAAUACUUAUAUGUGUGGUCUUUCAGGGAAUAUUUUGUUUAUUUGUUUUUAAAAGUAUUGGGAAUCAGAUUAAGACAGUUGGUUUCAGAGAACCAGGAGGUUUGGGGUUAAGAGAUACUUAAAAAUUUUCACAAGCCAGGUAGGGCAUAUAUCAGAUUUGGCCAACUGAAUGGCGUCUGUCCUGUCAUCCAUAUGGUGCCUGGAAAUAUUUACCAGUCAAGGUCAAGGUCAGCAUCUGUGGUUAAAAAUAUAGCAUUCUGACCUUAAAAAAGUUAUUUUGCAGAUAAAUGUGAUUUCAACUCAGGACCUAUCCAAAUGAUGAAUUUUUAAAUAUUCAUUUUUUUCCCUAUUUUUAGACAUCAAUUCUAUAGACUCUAACUUUUUCUAACCUCUUCUAGACAUGCCAAAUGCUGGCAAAAAGAAGUGCUUUUUGGAUAUGGCAGCACUUGUAAAAAUAAAGCAGUAAGCAAAAUCCUUUUAAACACAGAAAUCCUGAGUUCUUCUCAUUGGUAGACUCAAGCAAUUCUGUAGCAAAUAAAUCCUUUGAAAGAGCUCCA